UGGCUCUAAGUUGGUUUCAUCAUAUCAUCAUUGAUCUCUUAUCAUGCUUUGUUUUGCUACAAGCUGGAAUCAUCCAUGUCGAAUCGAAAGUCCCAGCUAUAAUAGUUUUUGGAGCCUCGAUGGUUGAUGCGGGUAACAAUAACCUUCUUCCAACUAUUUCCAAGUGCAAUUUCGCACCCUACGGUCGAGACCUUGAAGGUGGUAAAGCUACUGGAAGGUUUUCUAACGGUAGAAUCGUAACUGAUUUUAUAACUCAAGCUUUUGGAAAUAAAUCUUUGGUGCCAGCCUAUUUGGAUAGUAGCUACGGUAUAGAGGAUUUUGCAACCGGUGUCACGUUCGCGUCAGGUGGAACUGGUUUUGAUAAUAAAACAGCCGAUGUGUCUUCAGCGAUACCUCUGUGGAAACAAGUAGAAUACUUCAAGGAUUACCAAGUCAGAUUAGCUAGACUUCUCGGAAGAAAGGCGGCGACAGAGAUUAUAAGGAAUGCAGUGUACAUUUUAAGUCUAGGAACAAACGAUUUCCUAAUAAACUACUUUGAAUUACCAGAUAGAUCACUGCACUUCACCCUCCAAGAGUACGAGAAUUUUCUGACUGGAAUUGCACAUAACUUUAUUGUGGAGCUUUACCGUUUGGGUGCACGCAAAAUAUCAUUAGGGGGACUUCCUCCUCUUGGGUGUCUUCCUGUAAAAAGAACCUCGGUCGCCGGCCAUGCCUGUAAUGAAGAGUUCAACAGUGCGGCUAAAAGUUUUGAUAUGAAGCUGAAGAGUUUAGCUGCCAAGUUAAGAGGUGAACUUCAAGGGAGCAAGGUGGUAUUUUCCGACAUUUAUUAUAAAGUGAUGGAUGUCAUUCAGAAACCUUCUUUAUACGGAUUCGAGAAUGUAAACAAUGGGUGAUGCGGAUCAGGCAGGUUUGAAGUGAGCUAUUUAUGUCAUCAAUGGAAUCCCUUAACGUGUAAAGACGCGAGCAAAUAUGCAUUUUGGGAUGCGGUUUAUCCGUCCCAAAAGUUGCACUUCAUCAUUGCUAACAAUAUGAUGAAGACGAGCUUGGCGGAGUUUGUAUAGCUUCAACUUGAAAUUUUCAUUAUACGAUCAGGACAUUAAUUGUUGUCUGUGUUUUAAGGGAACUCCUUCUUUCCUCAUUGGACGUUAAUUGCAUG